AUGUGCAAGGAAGAUCAUUCUCUUCACAAAUGUGUUAGUGAUUCCAAUGGUAAAGCCAUCCCUUGCAGGGCUUUACUAGACUGUGGCAGUGAAGCCAGCUUUAUAAGUGAAGAGUGUGUCAGUAAACUAAAGUUAGGUAGAUUUAACAAAAAAAUUGAAGUAUCGUGCCUUGGUUCGUUCAACACUGUAACAAGUGGAGAAGUGGAAUUAAUCUUUACCCCGCACUUUGAGUCAAAUUCCAAAUUUCGAACAUAUGCAUUCGUGAUUCCAAGGAUAACUUCAGAUGUGCCUAACGUGUCGCUUCCUUCUAAAAUUGCGAAUCAUUUUGACGAUCUAGUCUUAGCUGAUCCUAAGUUCUAUGAAAGAAAACCUAUAGAUAUUUUGUUAGGUGUAAAUGUAUUUUUUACUAUGCUUAAGGGAGACAUCAUAAAGAGAGGAGAAUCAUUACCCUUUGCAAUUUGUUCUCAGUUGGGUUGGAUCAUUUCCGGGAACACUAUUACUGAUGAUUCGAAUCUAACUAACACUUUUACAGUGAAUAAUCUUCAGUUGAAUACAAACGAAUUAGUUGAAAGAUUUUGGUCUUUAGACUCCAUUCCGGAAGUCAAACGUAUUUCAAGUGAAGAUAAAAAAUGUGAAGAGUUCUUUAAAACAACACACUUCCGUGAUCAAAAUGGUCGUUAUGUAGUGAAACUUCCAUUUAAAGAUAACCCUUCAAGGUUGGGUAAUUCUAAAGAUCUUGCUUUACAAAGAUUUAAAUCUUUAGAGAGAAAUCUCUUAAGAUCUCCUGAUACAUAUGAUAUGUAUAAACAUUUCAUGAAGGAAUACUUGGAUCUCGGGCACAUGGAACCAGUCCGUAGUUCAGAGUCCCCAAGUCAGGCAUACUACAUGCCACAUCAUGCAGUAAUUAAGGAAUCUAGCUCUACGAGUAAAAUACGUGUGGUAUUUAAUGCUACUAGUAAGUCUUCAUCAGGACUGUCUCUUAACGACAUAUUGAUGACAGGUCCCAGAAUACAACAAGAGCUGAUAUUUUGGCGGGACAGUCCAAGUGAUCCUAUUCAAGAAUUUCGACUUAAUACUGUCACAUACGGCACUGCCUCGGCUCCAUAUUUGGCUACUCGUGCUUUAUACCAACUUGCCUACGAUGAGCAGAAUAACUAUCCUUUAGCUUCGAAGGCUGUACUUCAAAAUUUUUUUGUAGAUGAUUGUUUGGUAGGUGCUCAAAACACUGAAGAGUGCAAAAAUCUAGUAAAUCAACUCUUGCAAAUGUUAGAGCGUGGAGGAUUUCUUCUGCGUAAAUGGUCAUCCAAUGACUUGUCAGUGUUAGAGAAUAUACCCCAGGAGUUGAGAAAUGAUUCUGAGGCUAUGAAAAUUCAAGACGAUAGCUGA